CAUGUGAUUUGCAUACAGGGAAAUGACCUGUUUAGACAGUUGUACUCAUCAUCAGCAAGAAAGACAAAUCUCAAGAGAGCCUGAGUGUCUGAUGUGCAUGGUCACUCAGUCCCACACUCACCAUGGCUUGGACAAAAUACCAGCUCUUUCUCGCCGGUCUGAUGCUCACCACAGGCUCUAUUAACACACUCUCCGCAAAAUGGGCUGAUAUGUUCUCUGCACCUGGAUGUAAUGGUACCCCAGAUCAUGCCUUCUCCCACCCUUUUGUACAGGCUGUGGGAAUGUUUUUGGGAGAGCUGUCCUGUCUGGUGGUGUUCCACAUUCUUCUUUGUCAUGAUCGGUGCAAACCUGAGCCCACGAUGGAUCCGGGCCAAAGUUUCAACCCCCUACUUUUCCUCCCCCCUGCCCUUUGUGACAUGUUGGGAACAUCCAUCAUGUAUAUUGCACUGAACAUGACCAGCGCCUCUAGUUUCCAGAUGCUGCGAGGAGCUGUGAUCAUCUUUACUGGACUGUUGUCUGUAGCAUUCUUAGGACGGCGACUGCAGCCCAGCCAGUGGAUUGGGAUCCUAGUCACCAUCCUUGGUCUGGUGGUGGUUGGCCUGGCUGACUUUCUGAGUGGCCAUGGGAAUGACUCCCAUAAGCUCAGUGAGGUUAUCACAGGGGACCUUUUGAUCAUCAUGGCGCAGAUUAUUGUUGCAGUCCAGAUGGUCCUGGAGGAGAAGUUUGUUUACAAGCACAAUGUGCAUCCACUGAAGGCUGUUGGGACUGAAGGUUUUUUCGGAUUUGUCAUCCUCUCUUUGCUCCUCAUCCCAAUGUUCUACAUCCAUGUGGGAAGUUUUGCAGACAACCCACGGCAGGUCCUUGAAGACGCGUUGGACGCCUUCUGUCAGAUUGGUCAUAAGCCUCUCAUUUUACUGGCACUUCUGGGCAACACUGUGAGCAUUGCCUUCUUUAACUUCGCUGGCAUCAGCGUCACCAAGGAAAUAAGUGCCACCACUCGCAUGGUGCUGGACAGUCUGCGUACUGUGGUCAUCUGGGUCAUGAGUUUGGCGCUGGGUUGGGAGGUAUUCCACGGCCUACAGAUUUUAGGCUUCAUCAUCCUACUCCUUGGUACAGCGCUGUACAAUGGACUGCACAAGCCCUUGAUGGCCAAACUGCCUUGCUGCCCUGGAGAGCAGAGAGCAGAGGAGGAAGAAGCCCCAGAGAGAGAGAGGCUGCUUGGUGAAGGAAAAGCUGCAAAUGAGAGCUAAUAUUGGACUUUGAACAAAAUGCUGUCCGCAAAGCAUUUUUGUUUUUAGUUUUAACUGUUAUUUCCAUUUUAAGAAAGAAUAACGUUUUAGUAUUGUUUUAGAGUUUGAUUGGGAUGCACGAUAUUGUCGGACUGAUAUCGGAAUCGGGAUAUCGGGAUAUGAAAAAUUAUGCCGAU